UCAAACUACUCAAUAAAUAUAUAGAUGAACAUGUAUUAAUGUAAUUAACUAUAAAAUAACCAAUAUAUUUCUGGUUAUUCGAAGAUGACGACAGCUGGUCCAUCAUCUAGUGCUGCCGUUCAAGAGUUCAAGAUCAGAGUCCCGAAAAAUGUGAAGAAAAAGUAUCAUGUAAUGAGAUUUAAUGCCACACUCAAUGUAGAUUUUGCAAAAUGGACACAUGUCAAGAUGGAAAGGGAAAAUAACAUAAAAGAAUUCAAAGGAUUGGAUGAAGAAAUGCCAAAAUUCGGCGCUGGUUCGGAGUAUGGCCGCGAUGUACGAGAGGAGGCGCGUCGUAAAAAAUUCGGUAUAAUAUCACGCAAAUACAAACCUGAGGACCAGCCGUGGAUACUAAAAGUGGGCGGCAAAACUGGCAAGAAAUUUAAGGGUAUCCGCGAGGGUGGCGUGUCUGAGAAUGCUGCUUACUACGUGUUCACGCACGCUGCGGACGGUGCUAUUGACGCGUACCCACUACAAGAGUGGUACAACUUUCAGCCUAUCCAAAGAUAUAAAGCGUUAUCUGCAGAGGAAGCUGAGCAGGAGUUCGGAAGACGCAAUAAGGUGAUGAAUUACUUCUCCCUUAUGUUCCGUAAACGAAUGCGAGGUGAUGAAGGUGUAGAUGAGGCAGAGGACCCUGACGAGAAGAAAACUAAAGGAGCCAAGGCUAAGAAGGAUCUGAAAAUAUCAGAUAUGGACGAGUGGAUAGAAUCCGGCGAAGACUCGUCGGAAUCCGAGGCCGGCGAAAAAGAAGACUCCGACUCUGGCAAUAAGAAGAAGAAAGACAAAAAAGUUGCUGCAAAUAAAAAGAAGAAGAAGAAGGUAGAAGAUGAAGCGUUCGAGGAGAGCGACGAUGGAGACGAGGAGGGCCGGGAGCGGGACUACAUAUCCGAUUCGUCAGACAGUGAGUCGGACCACGAGACAAAGGCUAACAAGGAACUGAAGGGAGUCGCUGAAGAGGACGCGCUCAGGAAGCUGUUAACAUCAGACGAGGACUCCGACGAGGAGGCAGAGCAGAAACAGGAGUCUGAACAAGAAGACGAACCCACGAAGGAGGGCGAGGAGCGCGCCAGCAAACUCACCAAGAAGAAACGGAAGAAUGAAGAAAAGAAAGCAGAUUCGAGUAGCGAACUCAGUUCUGACUCGGACACCGACCCGGAAAACAGCAGCAGCAAGAAGCCCAAGAAAAGCAAGAAGGAAGACAAGAACGGGGUGGCCAGCGGCGCCUCCGCACCGGGCAGCGCGAGCACGUCCCGUGCGGGCUCGCCAGCGCCGCAGGGGGUCGGCUCGGCGGCCUCCUCAGCACACGGUGGCCCCCCGACCAAGCGUGCCAAGCUCGACCCCGCUUACGUCGAAUGCGGGGUGACCGAGGAAGCGGUACGAAGGUAUCUGGCUCGCAAGCCGAUGACCACAACGGAACUGCUCACCAAGUUCAAGUCCAAGCGGACCGGGGUGAGCAGCGAGCGGCUCGUGGAGACCAUGACGCAGAUACUGAAGCGGAUCAACCCGGUCAAACAAAACAUCAACAGCAAAAUGUAUUUGAGCAUAAAACAGACGUGAUUGAUGUAAAUAAAUGUUGUAUUUAUA